UCUAUGGGUAUAAGGCACGGACUAGUCAUAGUUAAUCCAUGACAAAAUAGAUCUAUUUUGUCAUGAGUUAAUCAUAGUCCGUAGUAUAAGGCAAGAUAUGUAUAACUAUUAAGAAUUUAAGAUUUUUGAUGUUUCAAUUGGAAACCUAUUAGAAUAUCUGACUAUGUUUAUGAUGGUAAAUUGGAAACUUCAGUGACAUCUUUAAUUCUUAUAGGUCCACCUUAAGUAAUAGUGAUUACUGACUAGAUUAAACAAAAAACGUCAACAUGAUGCAUUAUAAACUUAUAUGCUUAUUUUGUUCCGUGUUAAGUGGUAUUUACUGUUCUGAUACAAGUUAUGAUUCAAUAUCUGAUGUUUAUUUAGAACAUGAAUUGAUCCCCAAUGCUGGUUUCACUAAACGCAGCUCUAUUCUUGUCAAUUUGGAGUCUAGGAACGAUGUUGUAUCUACUACUAGUAUUAAUGAUUCAGACAUACAAUUAUUAAAACAAUUAGCAUCUAAAAAUGAACUAUACAGAUUAAAAGUCACUGUUAGAACAUUGUCUGGCAAAGAAACACGUUUUCUCACUUUUACUAGGGCAUGCCUUAUAGUUGGAUCUAAAUUAAAUGAUAUUUUAACACUACAUUUGGAUCACUUAGACUCUCCAUUUGCGGUUAACUUAGCUACUACGUCUAACAACUGCAACAGUUUUAACGAAUUGGACACAAGUAACUUCACAACUACAGUAUUUUUCAGAAGACCAGAAAGCAGUCCAGUGUUCGUUUUUGAUUUUUUUUACUCUCAAAUAUUCAAUUAUUUAUAUGGAACAACAUUUUUGGUUAUUUGUAGACCCGAUACCGCAACUUAUAUUCAGAAGAUGGAACGUGAGCGUGACGCCAGGGAAAAAGGAAAAUCAAGCAAUAACAAAUCAAUGCUCGGAAAAUAUUGGAUGUAUAUAUUACCAUUAGUCAUAUUUAUGAUGAUUGCUGGUGCAUCAAAUCCAGAAGCAAGACAGUAAAUCGAAAAAAGUACUUCAAAGUUGUAUUUAUUUUAUUUUGUUCUUUCAUCAAUUAAUGGGACUAUCCCGUUAGUGUCUUUUUAUUCAAUAAUUUAAGUUUCAUUAUAUGUACAUUAAGUGAUAUUAUUGAUUAAAUUACAAUAUUUGGUUUAAAAAUUAAUAAAUUGUCAAGUAUAAUAACUAAAAAG